AUGUAUAAUAAAAAUGGUUUUGAUGAUUGCUAUAGUGAUCGUACUGUAGCUCAAAGAAAAGGAGUUUCAUCAUUAUUUAGCCCUUACAACUUUACGUUGGUUAUUUCUGUGGCAUUAAUUGUGAUUACUUCAGUCAGAAAGGUAGAAGGAAAAUUUGUAGUAAUGAUGAAUGUGGUUAACAAUUUCCUCAAUGGGUAUAUGUUCCAUCGUUCUUUAUAUUUUAUAUCUGGAAUCCUUAAAGAAAAUAUUGGAGACACUAAUUGCAGUGUUAAUAAUGCUAAACCUAAUGGUAUUAGUGGACACUUUUUUACCGCAAUAUUCUUCUUUGCACUUUUUGUUCAUUUACUUAGAAAACUCACCUUUCAACCAAAGCAUUCUAACUUGCUUUGUUUUGAGUUUUGUGAACAAAAAAAUAAUCAAACAUUUUUUAAGACAGUACAAGAAUUAUUUUGUAUUGAUGACCUCCCAAAUACAAAACAUAUCCUUCUUGGGAAAGGAGGAUUACUAAUUUAUUUAUUCACUUGUUUAUUAACUAUGGGAGAUACUUUAUUAAGAGGAUAUCAUACUCCACGACAAGUUUUUUAUGGGAUAUUAUUUGGUAUUGUUUCUAUCAUUCUUUAUACUUUGUUCAUCAAAACCCCUUUCAAAUAUCAAAGCUUGACCAAUAUGAUAAUGAUUAUUGCCUCUUAUCUUACGUUUUGCCAAAUACAUUAUCAUCACUUUAAAUUCACUGGCUUCUUUAUUACUGGAGUCAUAUCUAUUUUAUUAACACAUUACUCAAUUCUUUCUCAAACUUCAUGUUCUAAGGAAGAAUAA